GGUAGAUAAAUAAAUAUACAUCCCUGAGUGCUUGUAUAAUCAAACUCAACAAACAACUAUUAGGAACAAAGCUUUUUCUGUGAGCCAUCAAGUUUGACAUUCCAAAUGGUUUUGGUCCACAUCUUAAAAGAUGGUCCAUCGUCCAUGAUGGAAAUCGCCGGCGUCGGCUCUCUACCCCGGGACCUGAUAAUAGAAAUACUCUCAAGGCUCCCAGUCAAAGUUCUCUGCAAGUUCAGGUGCGUUUCAAAACACUGGCUCGGUCUCAUAUCAUUCGACGAAUGUUUUUUAAGUCGUCACCGUCAACUCUCAAAGAGCAACCCUUUGUUGCUCUAUCGUUCUUACUCUUCAGGCCAAACCACUGAAGAAAAGAAGCACAAAGUCAUGGUUGAUCUUACCUCCAUAGACAUGGAUGGUACUUGUGAUAAUAAGAUCAGGGCACCAACUGGUGGUCCUAUUUACACCUUCACUUCUUGUGGCCAUCUCAUUUUCUUGCGUUGUAUGUAUCGUUUGUAUGUUUGUAAUCCCGGCACCAGAGAAUUCGUUAGCGUGCCACGUGCUUCGCUCACUGAUCCUUACUACACAGUUGGUUUUGGGUACCUUUGUGGCUCAAAUGAAUAUAAAAUUGUUCAUUUGUUCUUCCAAGAAUCGUUUGUGAGCGAUGAGGGAAUGGCUUGUGAGGUGUUCACACUGAGAGAUGGUGAGGGGGUUGAUUCUGGUUCCUGGAAAAGGGUAAAUGAUUGUCCUUACAAGGUCUGGACGGAUCGUUUACCUGUAUGUGUCGACGGAGUGAUUUAUUGGAUGGUUUCAGAACAGAGCAAUUCGAUUGUGUUGUUUGAUAUGAAGACAGAAGAAUUUGGAGUCAUUUCUUAUCCGGGUUGGUAUUCAGAGCUCGACUCCAACUCACUGUUUUUAGUUGGACUGAAUGGGUUUGUGUGUUUGGUAUACUGUUUGGCUGCAAAGUCAACUAUGGAUAUAUGGAUGCUGAAGGACUGCAAGAAUAGCAUUUGGGUCAAAGGAUACAGCAUCAGCCUCUCCGCCACGGAGGGUAGUUGUGAGAUUCUUGGAAUUGUUCCUUGUGAGGAAGACGACGGAGAAAUAUUGAUUAACACGGAGCAGAAAGGUCUGGUUUGCUAUAACAUCAACAGCAAAACCUUCAGAAGCAUAGAGAACAAGGAGAGGUACAAAAAGCCAUGUCUAUAUCAUGAAAGCUUCUUUUCCCUUCAUAAUCAUUGAAGAAAAAGGCUACUGUAUAUGUUGUAUUCCUAGAGUCUGUAAAUUAAGGUGGUUCGUGUAAUUAACUUGGCGGUGUUUGAGAGCAGAGCUCUUUAUGUAAUGUAAUUUUACUUCGUAUUGUAAUGGAGGUGCUAAGGUUUUUUCAACCCUCCUUCAAGUGUCUUGAAAUGUAUAUCUGGUGACACGAAACUAAUAAAUAAAUGGAAUUGGUUAGUAUUUGCUUUGA